AUGAAGUAUUGUUACCCAGGUGAUGGUUUUUUAAGCACUGGUGACCAAGCUGCUAAAGGAAACUAUGGACUUCUUGAUCAAAUCCAAGCUCUGCGCUGGAUAAGUGAAAACAUUGCAUUCUUUGGUGGUGACCCUUUACGAAUAACUGUUUUCGGAUCUGGGGCAGGUGCCUCUUGUGUCAAUCUCUUGACUUUGUCCCAUUAUUCUGAAGGUAACCGUUGGAGCAAUUCAACCAAAGGUCUUUUUCAAAGAGCUAUUGCACAGAGUGGUUCUGCUCUCUCUAGCUGGGCAGUCAGCUUCCAGCCUGCCAAAUAUGCCAGGAUGUUGGCCACCAAGGUGGGCUGCAACCUCAUGGACACCGUUGACUUGGUGGAAUGUCUCCAAAAGAAGCCCUACAAGGAACUAGUGGACCAGGACAUCCAGCCAGCCAGGUACCACAUAGCCUUUGGCCCUGUUAUAGAUGGUGACGUCAUACCAGAUGACCCCCAGAUCCUGAUGGAGCAAGGAGAGUUUCUCAACUAUGACAUCAUGCUGGGCGUCAACCAAGGCGAGGGAUUAAAGUUUGUAGAGUUCAUAGUGGACAAUGAGAAUGGAGUUCGGGCCAUGGAUUUUGACUAUGCUGUUUCCAGUUUUGUGGAUGAUUUGUAUGGGUAUCCUGAUGGCAAAGAUGUCUUAAGGGAGACCAUUAAGUUCAUGUACACUGACUGGGCUGACAGACACAAUCCGGAGACUCGAAGGAAGACGUUGUUGGCUUUGUUUACCGACCACCAGUGGGUGGCACCAGCAGUGGCAACAGCUGACCUUCACUCGAGCUUUGGAUCUCCUACCUACUUUUAUGCCUUCUACCAUCACUGCCAGACAGAUCAGGUGCCCGCAUGGGCUGACGCAGCUCACGGAGAUGAAAUCCCAUAUGUGUUUGGGCUUCCAAUGAUUGGUCCUACAGAGCUGUUUCCCUGCAAUUUCUCAAAAAAUGAUGUCAUGUUGAGUGCCGUGGUGAUGACAUACUGGACCAACUUUGCAAAAACUGGUGACCCCAAUCAGCCAGUACCUCAGGAUACAAAAUUCAUUCACACAAAGCCAAAUCGUUUUGAAGAGGUUGCAUGGACCAGGUAUACGCAGAAAGACCAGCUGUACCUCCACAUUGGUCUUAAGCCCCGGGUUAAGGAGCACUACAGAGCAAACAAGGUCAACUUGUGGUUAGAGCUGGUUCCUCACCUACACAGUCUGAAUGAAGUAACCCAGUUCACUUCAACCACUACGAAGGUCCCACCAGAUAUGACACCCAGGACCCCAAAUAAAAUCCCAGUAACUAAGCGGCCUGUGACUACGCCCUUUCCUACUGAGAAUCAGAGUAGCCAGAAUCAAUUGGAAGGUCCUUUCUUGGUGGACCAAAGGGACUACUCAACGGAACUGAGUGUGACAAUUGCCGUUGGAGCAUCUUUGUUGUUUUUAAACAUCCUGGCUUUUGCAGCGCUGUAUUACAAAAAGGACAAAAGGAGGCACGAUGUACACCGGAGAUGUAGUCCCCAGCGCAACACCACCAAUGAUCUCAUCCACACACAAGAAGAAGAGAUAAUGUCCUUGCAAAUGAAGCAUACAGAUCUGGAUCACGAGUGUGACUCCAUCCAUCCACAUGAGGUGGUUCUGAGAACUGUCUGUCCUCCAGACUACACGUUGGCCAUGAGAAGGUCACCGGAUGAUGUCCCCUUAAUGACCCCGAACACCAUACCUGGGAUUCAGUCCCUGCAUACAUUUAACACUUUUAGUGGUGGACAAAACAACACCCUGCCUCACCCUCACCCCCACUCACAUUCAACAACCAGGGUAUAGCCAGGACAAAAAGACCUACAAGAGCACUACUACUCUGGUGGAUAUUUUCAACUUUUUCGUACUGUCGAAAAGAAUGAUAGGGAAUGAUAUUUUGUUAAAAUUGCUGGAUACUUAAUGUGGUACGUUUGAAAAACAGAAUGGAAUUUUUCCAGCUUUUCCAAUGGAGGAUAUCACUUGUCAAGUAUACUAAUAACAGUUGCUUGAAGCGAUUUGAACAUGAAAUAAAAAUAAUUUUCUACUGAGGUUUGGAAUUGUUUCUAAAGCCAAGAACCAAUGCAACUCAGAGAAAGUAGGCAUGCGUGACGCAAAUAGAGAGAAUUGUAAGCUGAAAAAAAUGGAAACUGUCUAAAAAUAUGCACAAGGGAGACAUUCAGUCUCGGAUUCUUUUCACCAAUUUAUUUUUGGAACAGUUUUAUUGUAUAGAACUUAUUUACAUAUCUAGAUAUGUACACAAAGCACCAAUGCUGUUUAAGCCCUGACUGGGCACAAAUUCUGCAAUCUGCCAGCGAAACAAAGGGGAUAAUGACAUUCUGGCAGAUACAGCUUCAUCACACAAGUGCUGUCUAUACUGAGAGCUGGAGAACAAGGGAAUUGGAUAUUUUUAGCACGAUGCGCAUGAUAAUUUAUCUGCUUGGUGGCUGUUCUGCUGAUUAAGUUGUAAUUAAAGUAAUUCUCAUCCCCAUUGAAUUUCUUUGAAGAAAUAUACUUCAUCGAUUGCCUCCAACCUAC